AUGGCGAGUGUGUUACUGCUCGCUGCCUUCCUUCUGUGCGGCAGUUUCCCUGUCGGCGCCCAGGACACCAGGACCGACCAGGCCGGGUCCGUCCUGAGGGAGUAUGUAGACAAGGGCUACUGUACCUACACCUAUGUGGUUCCGCCCGGGUCCCGUACAGGGGGCUGUGCACCGCCGGGCCUCGAGAGCCAGCUCGCCGAGACCAAGGAGGAAACGGGCCGCUUGAAAAAUCAAGUUGAUCGCCUGUCGUCUCUGGUGGAAACCUUGCUGAGUCAGCAGUCCGAUCUGGCCAACCAACUGUCAGAGGAAAGAGCCAGGAGUGCACAGCGGGAACAGAACCUGACACGGGAGCUACACGAACAAGAAACACGUCUGACGAAGAAGAUACAAGAACAAGAGACCAGGGUACAGAAUCUGAAUACGACCUUGUACGAGCAUGACAUGGCCAUCAAACAACGUCAGCAGUGUACUUGUGAGAGGCUGGAGCCAGGUGACAUCGUCUCUUCAACUGCAGCCACGCUGCCCACUGAGCCAGUGUCCACCGCUGAUGGCCUGAUAACCGCGUCAGACUGCGCGGAUCUCUAUGCGGCAGGAAAUACAGUAAGCGGAGUCUACAACAUUAGAAUCGGCUCCUCUAACAUAGAGGCCUACUGUGACAUGGAUAUCGCAGGGGGUGGUUGGACCGUGAUCCAACGGCGGCAGGACGGGUCGGUUCCCUUUAACCGGACUUGGGAGGAGUAUAAACGCGGGUUUGGGAACAAGAGCGGGGAAUACUGGCUUGGGAACGAGAACAUCCACCUUCUGACCAGUCAGAAGAACUAUACCCUCAGGGUGGACAUGCAGGGUUGGGACGGAGAGACCCGGUAUGCACGUUAUACCACCUUCAGGGUGUCCGGUGAGUCAGACCAGUACCGGCUGCACAUUUCUGGGUAUUCAGGCACAGACGGGAUGAGAGACGGCAUGCUUUAUAACAACAUGGAGAUGUUCUCCACUGUGGACAGGGACAACGAUCGCCAAAGCAGUGGCCACUGUUCUCUGGAGCGCGGACAGGGCGGCUGGUGGUUUGAUAGCUGCGGUGCCUCCUUCCUCAACGGUCGCUACCUUGGCAACUGUGGGUACUCCUGUCCACACUUUCAAGGUGUGCUGUGGUACUACUGGAGAAGCCUUAAUUACUCCCUGAAGUUUGUAUCUAUGAAGAUUAGGCCAUAUUAACACGCGUAUGGCAUUGCACUACCCGUGACAUGUGUCAGCAUUUUCAAUGAAUUUAUAUAUCAGUAAGAAUAAAAAAAAAAACAAUCGGUAAUAUCGCCCUUCUGAUUAACUCAAGCUGUAUCAGAAUAACAAUUACACGUGGUGGUGUCAUAAACAACAUAUUACCUGCACUACCCACGUGAUAUCUGAUGGCAUUAUGAAAAAUAACACUUGUAUGGGUUCAUGAAUCACAAAAUGUGUCUUAAAACUCUGAUUAUAUCAUGUUUUUCUCAGAAUAAUAUUGGCACCUGUAAGGUGUAAAAUUCAACGAUAAAUUCAGUCCAGCAUACCUGCUCUAAACAAGCCUUUUAAAUUUGUAAGGUUUUUACUGGUACUUUCUAUUCUACUUUUUUUUGUGACUUUUGGUUACGUGAUCUAGUUUGGGAUGGGAAACGUUUAGCAACACUAAUAUAAGAAAAUACAGAAACUUAACAAUAAUUAUAUGACAACUUUUACUGUUGUAUUUUGCAUUUAUUGGUAAUGGUACAUGUGAUUACUUACGUAAUUGUAGGCAGCUGGUGAUAUAAAUAGAUAAAGCUGCAAGGAAGCUGUGGGGAUUUUUGUGCUCGGUAUUAUAAUAGAAAAGGCUGUGGUGUUUUUUGUCUCUACAUCAUGGGUGAUAGGUGUAUGAAGUUAGAAAGAAAGCAAGAAAGCAACAUGUCAUUGUGUAGGUAAAUUUAGGCAG